AUGCGAUCGCCGGUUCUCCCGCCCCCUUCCGUGUUCGCUCCCUAUAUUAACCCGGUUUCUCUGCUGCCAUUCUCAGUCUGCCAUCCUCACAUACUACUCUCUCUCAAGGAACUUCUCCCGACGAUCAUCAUGAAGCUCAUCGGUAUCGGGUUGGUGUUGCUGGUGUUGUUGGAAGCCUUCUUCGUGCUAGGAGAUCCCAAUGCAGAUCCAGAAGCGAAAGCAGUUGCUGAUCCCAAUGCUAGUCCCGAUCCCAUCGCCAGAGCGUACCCAAGCAGCAGCAGCUCGAGUUUCAGCAGCGGCGGUAGGGACAACGGCAAGAAGAGCAUUUAA